AUGAGGCCUUCGCUCUCUUGGUUGUCGCUCUUUGCGACAACUGCUUGCUCUUUGUCAACGGUAACGGAAAGCAAUGCCGUUUCUGCGACCGUCCCAACUUUGGCCGCGGUCACCAAGAUGAUGGGGGCCAGAGAGGUAGAUUGUGAUGUGGACAUAACAAUCACAAUUGGCGUUACCAUCUAUGUUGGUGAAGGCGAAGUAGCUACGUGCACUGUCACGGAUACUACAACCCGCACUACAACCGAUAUUAUCACCGAUACGGUCACGGCUGCCAAUUCAAAUAUUGUCACAGUUACAAGUACUGUGACAGAGACCGGUUCAGCUAGAGGAGUCACUGUAACAGACACUGUCACCGACACUUGCACCGUAACUGUUACUGGGAGUGCGGGAAGGGUCACUGUGAUAGAUACUAUCACUGAUACGGAGACAAAGACUAUCACCGGGAGUGAUAUAACAGACUUUGUCACCAACACAGCUGUUGAAACUGUAACGUUGGUUUCAACAGACAUUGAAACCCUCAAGGGCUCAACGGUCACUUUGUCGGGACAAGAAACCACAGUUACCCUAAUCUCAACAGAAACGGAUAUUGAGACUUUCCAAGGCUCAACGGUCACUGUGUCGGGACCGGAAACGACAGUCACCCUAGUUUCAACAGAAACAGACAUUGAGACUCUCCAAGGCUCAACGGUCACUGUGUCGGGACAGGGAACUACAGUUAGUCUAGUUUCAACAGAUAUUGAAACUCUAGGGGGUUCAACAGUCACCGUGUCGGGGCAAGAAACCACAGUCACUCUGGUUUCAACAGACAUCGAGACUAUCCGGGGUUCAACGGUCACAUUGCUUUCUACAGACAUUGAAACGCUCAAGGGCUCAACAAUCACUGUCUCAGGACAAGAAACCACAGUCACGCUGGUUUCAACGGAUAUCGAAACUCUCGGGGGCUCAACGGUCACUGUAUCGGGAGCAGAAACGACAGUCACCCUGACAGGCUCAAACCUACCAGGGACCACCCUGGUGGAGACUGAGACAGACACUGUUGUAGAGACUGAUACCAUCUCAGGCUCUGUUACAACCAUUCCCGCGUCAACUAUCACGACAACCUAUACCGAGCCUGCUAGCACAGUGACCAUCUCAGGAACUGUCAGCACUUUACCAGCAUCGACUCGAACCGUGAUAACCACCCUUACAGCUAGUACGGUAACUGUUAGUAACACAAUCACUGCUACGGGCCCAGGGACCACCGAGGUUGAAACAGAUACUUUGGUGGAGACGGACACGAUUUUGAGCUACAUCACAACUACUAUUCCAGCAUCGACUAUCACUACCACUACUACCGAGCUCCCCAGCACGAUCACUAUAUCAGGAACUAUCAGCAUUCUACCAGCAUCGACUCGAACCGUGACAACCACGCUUCCAGCAAGUACACUGACUAUUAGUGAUACAAUCACUGCUACAGGCCCAGGAACUACGGAGGUUGAGACAGAUACGAUUUUGAGCUACGUCACAACCACUAUUUCCGCGUCAACUAUCACGACAACCUAUACCGAGCCUCCUAGCACGGUCACCAUCUCAGGAACUGUCAGCACCGUACCGGCAUCAACUCGGACCGUGGUGACCACUCUUCCAGCUAGUACGGUGACAAUCGGUGCUACAAUCACUGCUACAGGUCCAGGGACUACAGAGGUGGAGACAGGUACGAUUUUGAGCUACGUCACAACCACUAUACCAGCAUCAACUAUCACGACAACUACUACCGAGUCCGCUAGCACAGUGACUAUCUCAGGAACUGUCACCACUCUGCCGGCCUCAACUCGAACCGUGACAACCACGUUGCUAGCAAGUACACUGACUAUUAUUGACACAAUCACAGCCUCAGGUUCAGAAACCACCGUCUCGGUGGGAAGUACAGUGACGGAUAUCAUUACCAGGCCUGGGACAACGCUCACAAAGAGCUACGGUAGCACCAGAACUGUUACUGUUACUGGACAAGACACAACUCAAACACAGACGCAAAUCACCACCGUUAGUGUAUGCUCCAGUCUCAUCACCAACCCGACCUACACACCUACCACUCAGUUGCCAGAUGAUUAUACCUGGGGUUGUGCACCGGGAUACCUUUGUAGCCCCCCUCAUACCGGUGACCGCGCGGGCUGCAAUGUUGAAGCUGGUCUUCCCGCCGAUACUUAUAUCUGUUCCCCCGACGACUGUAUUGUGGCCCCGGUCCCGAUUUUCAACGACGAAUCUGGCUAUAAUAUCUCCACCAACUACUAUAACUUGGAUCCAACGGACUUUGGCCUGACUUACAAUAUCUUCGAAUGCGCUAUAGAGUCUGAGUCUAGUGUUACCAGCAAGAUCGACCUGCCCCCGCCUCGAGGCAGAUUUGACAAGCUUAUGGGAUAUUUCCUCGGCGGAAUGACCAAGCGAGUGGACGUAAAUGACAUACCCAGUGCCUGCUAUGGAUAUUGCAAUGUCGUGGGAAUUGACGGAGAGAGAACUGGAAGCACACCUUCUUUGUGUGACGCCGGUUCUGAAUUCCUGGUUGACUUGGGUUAUUGUGAGGAUUGCAUCAGCAGUCACGCGGGUGAUUCUGCCUCCUCCAUGAUUUCAUCUACACUGUUGCCUACAUUUGCACAGUGGUUGAAUUUCUGUUCUGAUCAGACGACGUCGACCACCUCGACCACCGCAGCUGCGACUACCACCACCACUGAGGCAACUACUACUAGUGCACAGUCGACUGCAAUCUACCAGCACCAGCACACCAACGACUUCGGUACAGACGACUAG